AUGGUGCCUUUGCUGCCGUUUUAUCUGGUCACUGUAACACUGGGAUUGUCUUUGGCAUGCAUGCUCACGUUGUUCUUCCCCUCAUGUCCAUCCAUCGUACCUGCACUGACAACCUAUGGAGUCUCAGCUCUUUAUCUCAAGGACAAGAUCCAGUUUAUACAGGCUAUAUCUGUCCCAAAGAAGUGGUUUUGGCACUUUUAUCUGUUGGGUUCGUUUUGGGUGGCAUCUUGGAUGCUGUUUUGUGGCGCUGUUUCACAUGACAUGACAGUUCCAUCGGAUUCGUUGAAGAAAUUUUUCAGGCUACUUACUCCUGUAAAACCGCAGCGUGAGUUGGGCUGA